CUAGGAACAUCUUUGGUAGCCUUUUCAUUUUCAUAGCCCCCAAAAUACGGCGUUGAGAUUACCUUUGGGCUAUGCUUGUGUGACGCGUCACCUCCCGAUUCCUUCGUUCGAUAGGUAUUGCUGAGCCUCAUCCAUUUUGAGUUACUGGGACCAGGAGUCCGAGAUGACGACCGCCUUGGCAACUCCUGCGGCUCAGCUCAUGUUUCCAACGGGCAUGGGCUCACUCUUCAACUUAAGAGGCCCAUCGGUCAUACCGUUGUCAUGUCACGUUUUCUACCCGAGCGACGGAAUAGGAACCCUGAACAGUUCAGACAUCAACCUCUACCCUUGUUUUCCUUUCCCCCUUCUUCAUUUCUUUCUUCCUUGCCUAUUUUCGUUCUUUUUUCUUUCUCUCUUUCUUUGUUCUCUCUCUCUCUCUCUUUUCCUUUUCUCUUUUCUUUUUUUUCUCUAUUUCUUUUCUUCCGUUCUUUCCUUUUCACCCCAUUUUCCGUUCCGCAAUCACCAGUAUUUGUCCGAUUAUCAACGGUCGCGUUCUCAACACGUCGAGAGACGGCGAGUCGUUGAAACAGGUCUCCGGUUCUCCUCUUGUUCUGACCCUCGUGGUUAGACGUUGGCCGUGCUUGGACUCGACAUGAGUUUGAGUUAUUGUAAUUUGGCAAAACACCGGAGAAAAUGCACAUGGGCGUCAUGCGUGAAGUGCUGAUCUCGAAAGGGGGCCCGCAUGACCCAAACCCUUUCCCACGCGCUUCCCCAAACCCUCCAAACAGGAGACCGAGUCAGGGCUCAUGGUCAAGGGGAAAGAAAGGGGUUAGGGUUCGCACCGGCGGUGAGAUGCUGUUGUACGUAACGUAUCGCAGCCGAAGCCCAUC